UUAGGCCAUAGUUUCCCCCAGCUCUGCUGUUCUAUUGGUCAUGGGAACAAGAUGGACUCACCCUGGAUCCCUACUAGUACUCCUCUACCUUGGGCAGCUCUUGUCAUGGCUUAGGAUUGUGGGUGAUCCGAGUUUAGAUAUUUACUACAAUGAAACUGAGGCAAAGCUGUUCCUGCAGUUUUAUGACCAAACAGCCAGUAAUGUGUUGAAGCAGUUCAUAGAGGCCACUUGGAACUAUGUCACCAACAUCACCAAGCCAAAUCAACAGGCAAUGCUGCAGAAGGAGCUGGAGAGGUCCCAGUUCAUGAAAUACUUUGGCACCCGAGCCCACCUGUUUAAGAUCGCCCAGUUCCAGGACCCGGCUGUGAAGCGCAUGCUGAUGCUAAUGGCAGCCCAGGGGCAUAGGCCUGCCCUGGGUGACACCUGUCCCCUCCAGUACAACAAGCUUCUGGCCUACAUGGAGACAACGUACAGCCUGGCCGAGGUUUGCCUGGAUGAGGGGCCCUGUAUGCCCCUGGAGCCCGACCUCGAAGAGAUCAUGGCCACCUCCAGGGACCAGAAGGAGCUGCUGUGGGCCUGGGAGGGCUGGCGGGACUCUGUGGGUCGCCAGAUCCGCCCCAUCUUCUGGCGCUAUGUGCAGCUCAGCAACAAAGUGGCACAGCUCAAUGGGUACAAAGACAUGGGAGAUUUGUGGCGGGCUAAGUACGAGUCAGACACCCUGGAGGAGGACCUGGAGCAGUUGUACCGGGAGCUGCAGCCUCUGUACAUCAACCUGCAUGCGUAUGUGCGCCGUGCCCUGCACCGCUACUACGGGCCUGAACUCAUCAAUCUGCGGGGGCCCAUCCCUGCCCACCUGCUGGGGAACAUGUGGGCUCAGUCCUGGAACAAGAUCCUAGACCUGGUUCUGCCUUUUCCCAAGAAGCCCCCUGCGGACAUCACUCAGAUUAUGAAAACCCAGCACUGGAAACCGGAGAAAAUGUUCGAAGAGGCUGACAAAUUCUUCGCCUCCUUGGGGCUCCUAUCUGUCCCACCUAAUUUCUGGAAAAAGUCAAUGCUGGAGAUGCCGACUGAUGGGCGGGAGGUGGAGUGCGAAACCUCUUCCUGGGACUUCUACACUGGCGAUGACUUCAGGGUAAAGAAAUGUACUGAGGUGACCAUAGAAGACCUGCUCUCCGUCUUCCACCAGAUGGGUCAUAUCCAGUACUUUAUGCAAUACCAGAAUCUCUCUGUAAUCUUCCGUGAAGGUGCCAACCCUGCUUUUGAAGAGGCUGUGGGGUCCAUGAUCACCCUCUCAGCCUCUUCCCACAAGCACCUGUUCAGCACAGGCCUGCUCGGCGUCCAGCGCCAGGACUCAGAGGAGGAAAUCAACUUCCUGAUGAGCAUCGCCCUGGAGAAGAUCGCCUUCAUACCUUUCAGCUACCUGGUGGAUAGGUUUCGCUGGAAGGUCUUUGAUGGCACCAUCAAGAAGGACAUCUACAACCAGGAGUGGUGGAACCUCAGGUUAACGCACCAAGGCCUGUGCCCACCUGUGCCUCGGACAGAGGAUGACUUUGACCCAGGUGCCAAGUUCCAUGUUUCUGCCAGUGUGCCCUACAUGCGGUAUUUCCUUAGCUUAGUGCUCCAGUUCCAGUUUCACGAGGCUCUGUGCAAUGCCUCGGGCCACGUGGGUCCCCUGCACCAGUGUGACAUCUAUAACUCCAAGAAAGCUGGGAAGAUCCUGGAGAAUGCCUUGAAGCUAGGCUCCAGCAGGCCCUGGCGAGAGGUCCUAAAGGAGCUGACUGGGCAGUCCAAUAUGUCUACAAAGGCCCUCAUGAGCUACUUCAAGCCACUGCUGAGCUGGCUGGUGGCUGAGAACGUGCAGCAGGGCGAAAUCCUAGGCUGGCCAGACUUCACCUGUUCCUUUGAAGAAAGAAGUACAAACACAGUGGCCCUACUGGGUGUACAGAUGAAGCCUGACCAGGUUACAUUUGGGCAGUGGAUGCUGCUGGUUCUGAGCUUGGUCAUGUUCCUGGUGGUCCUGGGACUGGCCUGCAGGUUGUACUUCCUAGAAAAACAGUCACUAGGCCAGGACAGCGUGGUACUCAGCACCCUACCCUCUACCUACUUCCUGGGUAUGCCCGCGGAGCCCCAACAGGCUGCCCGAAGACAGUGGAUCCUGCUGGGUCUCUGCUUGGUCCUGAUGCUAUGUGUGAUCGGCCUAAUCAUUCGGAUCUUCACACACCACCACAGGACGCCUCCGUGGAUGACAGCUGAGUAGUACAGCGAGGACUAGCCACCAGUGAGACUGCCUGCCUGACCCCCGCACACAGGGGCAACCAGGACACCUCUGCACUUCCCCAGGAGGCUGCACCAGCAGCCCUCUCAUCUCCCAGCUACAGUGGCCAAUGAGGCUCCCAACAGGCAUUGUGAUUCUACACAGUAAAUGCACACCCAGCCCCGGACCCCCAGGCUUCACCAGACUCCAGCAAAAGCCUCGCUGAGCCUCCUUGGCCAUCCUCCCUCCACUACCCCGUCAAUUAAAGUUUAUUUUGCCCAAAUA